CAACCCCUCUCUCUCUCUCUCUCUCUCUCUCUCUCUCUCUCUCUCUUCUUUUCUUUCUGUUAACCUGCGUUGUGCGAACAAGAUACUCUGAUCGAUAACCUUUCUUCUCCUCCGGGUCUAACAUAAAACAGAAGCCUUUGGAAUCAAAAGAAAUGCUCCCUCCACGACAGCAGUCACGGGUUGGAGGGCUGCAAACCUCUCUAUCUCUAGCUUCUUCAGAUCCACGCCUUUCUCCUGAGGAGCCGAGAUCAAACUCUGAUAAUCUCCGUGAAUCUCCUACAGAAAGCGCCAGUUCUCGAGAAACUUGGCCUACUGCCGACGCAAUCGCUGCGAAGAAGAUGGAGAAUGGAAAGGCCGAGAUUGACUGCCCUGAGCAGUCUGUUAUUCGUCGUGUUUCUAGUGCUGAUAAAAUUAGUCUUCAGGACAUUGCAAGGGAACGAGUUGAUAUAAUAUGUGAGAAAAUGCAUCAUCUACCAGAAGAAUUUCUUGAAGAGCUGAAAAAUGGACUUCGAGUUAUCCUUGAAGGGGGGAAUGGCUCACAGCAUAGAGAUGAAUUUUUCAUUUUGAAGAAGCUUGUUCAGAGUAGAUCUGAUUUAACGGCCAAGACAUUGAUAAGAGCACAUCGAGUUCAGCUUGAAAUCCUUGUUGCCAUAAAUACUGGAAUUCAGGGGUAUUUGCAUCCUAGCAUCAGUCUUUCGCAGACUUCGCUUAUUGAGAUAUUUGUAUAUAAGAGAUGCAGAAACAUAGCUUGCCAAAACCAGCUUCCUGCCGAUGAUUGUACCUGUGAGACAUGUGCCAACGGCAAUGGUUUCUGCAAUCUUUGCAUGUGUGUUAUCUGCAGCAAGUUUGACUUUGAAGUAAAUACUUGCCGCUGGAUUGGAUGUGAUUUGUGUUCUCAUUGGACUCACACAGAUUGUGCCAUUCUUGAGCAACUUAUUUGUAUGGGCCCUUCUGCAAAGAAUGGAGCAGGGCCAAGUGAAAUGGUUUUCAGGUGUCAAGCGUGCAACAGGACUUCAGAACUGCUGGGUUGGGUUAAGGAUGUCUUCCAGCAUUGUGCACCAUCAUGGGAUGGAGAAGCCUUGAUAAGGGAACUUGAUUUCGUCAGUAGGAUCUUUCAUGGUAGUAAAGACCCACGGGGGAGGAAACUCUUUUGGAAGUGUGAUGAUCUCAAGGAAAAAUUGAAAAGUGCAAAAGUGGAACCUAAGGCUGCAUGCAGGGCAAUAUUGAUGGUUUUCCAAGAACUUGAACUGGACUCUCCAAAAAGCCUGGAAAAUGCAGAAAGUGGUAGGAUGAUUGCCCCUCAGGAGGCAUGUAAUAGAAUUGCUGAAGUGGUGCAUGAGGCUAUAAGAAAGAUGGAAAUGGUAGCCGAUGAGAAGAUGAGAAUGUUCAAGAAGGCUCGCAUGGCUCUCGAUACUUGUGAUCGUGAAUUAGCAGACAAGGCUAGAGAAGCGGGAGAAUUGAAGAUGGACAGACAAAAAAAGAAGCUACAGAUUGAAGAACUAGAGAGAAUUGUGAGGCUUAAAAAUGCAGAGGCCGAUAUGUUCCAGUUGAAGGCUAACGAGGCUAAAAGAGAGGCUGAGCAGCUCCAGAGGAUUGCUCUUGCCAAAUCUGAUAAAUCAGAGGAAGAAUACACUAGCAACUAUUUGAAGCAAAAAUUAAGUGAGGCUGAGGCUGAGAAGCAAUAUCUAUAUGAAAAGAUCAAAUUGCAGGAGACUUCUCGAGUAUCACAAAGCAGUAGUGGUGGUGACCCCUCUUCAAUGCUGAUGUAUUCCAAAAUCCAUGAUCUACUCUAUAGUGUUCCUCCCAAGGCAGAUGGUCAAUCUAAUGAGUGUCACCCUUUUAGACCAAACCCAUGAGUAUUGUUGUAUGUUAUAAUCUUCUACAUAUUAUAACCAAUGUCAUUUUGUUGCACAAUUGAUGAAGAGUCGGUCUAAUUCCAUUAGGUUCAUGACAAUGUAAGCUUUGUGGAUGAAAGAGUUACCGGUAAGUAAAGGCUUUAAUGACUUAAAUCAGUUUGAAAUUGGGUUUGUUUAUGUGGUAUAUGUAUGAAUAUGCAUUUGUGACAAAUUAUUGAUUGUUUCUUCAUUUGUGGAA